AUGGCUGACAACUGGGGUACAGAAAACGUCGUCAUCGACGCCGCUCCGGCUACCGAAGCUCCAGAGGUUGCUCUCUUCGGAAAGUGGUCCCUCCAAAGCGUGAAUGUCUCCGACAUCUCUCUCGUCGACUACAUUCCAGUCAAGGAAAAGUCUGCCAAGUACCUUCCUCACUCCGCUGGACGUUUCCAAGUCCGCCGUUUCCGUAAGGCUGCUUGCCCAAUCGUUGAGCGUCUUGCCAGCUCCUUGAUGAUGCACGGACGCAACAACGGAAAGAAGCUCAUGACUGUCAGAAUCGUGAAGCACGCUUUCGAGAUCAUCUACUUGCUCACCGGAGAGAAUCCAGUCCAAGUUUUGGUCAACGCCGUCAUCAACUCGGGACCACGUGAAGACUCGACCCGUAUCGGUCGUGCCGGAACUGUCCGCAGACAAGCUGUUGACGUUGCUCCACUCAGAAGAGUCAACCAGGCUAUCUGGCUUCUUUGCACCGGAGCUCGUGAGGCUGCAUUCAGAAACGUCAAGACCAUUGCUGAGUGCUUGGCUGACGAGCUUAUCAAUGCAGCCAAGGGAUCCUCCAACAGCUACGCCAUCAAGAAGAAGGACGAGCUCGAGCGUGUCGCCAAGUCCAACCGAUAA